UUAAUACUGACCUCCUCUCAAUGUUUGUAUAUAUACACAACCAGAUCAUUUUAUGACAAACUCAGGCUGAGGUUUAGCUUUUACUAUAUAAAAUUAAGGGUAAUAUAUAAAUAUAAGCAUCCAAUAUGUGUCUCAAGGCCUCUUCUUCUCUCCUCUCUCUCGCCAUCUUACUCGGUGUCUCUUCCAUUGUAUCAGCGGUUAACAUAACCAGAGCACUCGACAAAUACCCUGAAUUCAGCACCAUGACCGAGCUUUUCGCCAAGACCAAGCUCACACCAAUUAUCAACAAACGUCAGACAAUCACCCUGUUGGCUCUUAGCAACGAUGCUAUCGGUUCCAUCUCUGGUCGACCCGAGGACGAGCUCAAGAACAUUCUAAUGAACCAUGUGGUUCUUGACUUCUACGAUGGGCUCAAGCUCAAGGCUAUUAAGGACAAGAGCACAAUGCUCACCACACUUUACCAGUCCACUGGUUUAGGCCAACAACAAAACGGUUUCCUCAAGUGCAGCAAAACUAACGGAAAGAUUUACUUCGGGUCUGCUGUGAAAGGCGCUCCUCAAACCGCUGAAUACAUCACCACCGUGUUCCGUAACCCAUUCAAUCUCUCUGUGGUCCAGAUAAGCAUGCCCAUUGUGGCUCCUGGACUGGGGGAUCCGGUUGAGGUUCCUCCCACACCACCCAUGUCUUCACCACCGGCUCCAUCUCCCAAGGAGGCUGCAGACGCUCCAGCUCCUGGACCAGCUGAGGAGGAGGGUUACGCAGAUUCUCCUCCCGGUGGAGCUCCAGAAACCGCACCUGCAUCAGCUCCAUCAGAAGAUGGUUCUCCUGCUCCGGCUCCAGCUCCAGGUCCAGAAAAUUCCCGUAAGAAGAAGGUGGCAGCAGCUGAUGAGGCUGAACCACCUACGUCUGCUUCUAACACCGGUUUGAGCUUUGGUGCAAUUCUAGUUCUCAGUUUUGUGGCUAGCUUUGCUGGAUUCUAAGAUGUUUUAAGACAGCGAGUUGAAAACAGUUUGAAAAUGUGACUCGACCGUAGACUAGUGAUAAUCAUAGUGAUACGAAGUGGACCAAAAUUCCUAACAAGUUCUAUCCACACUAAUGUAACCUCAAAAGUCAAAAUCAUUUAUCAGUAGGGAAAUUUUU